CUCAUUGCUUGCAUUCGUGGGUUGGUUUGUCAAUCAAAGUGCUAUUUUGUUUUCUUCCUGGUUAGCUGCACAGUGACAGAGGAGCAACAACAUUCGGCAUAUUUCACACUGAUUAGUGAAGGAGGAGAGACCAUGUGGAAGUCACAUGAACAACAAGGAUGAGGCAAAAACAACUGGGAGGAAACUUGUUGAGGAGAGGACUGCUGCCGCCCAACUUCUCCCUCCGAUUGGGGAUUUGCUGCUUGACAGCCUAGCAUCCCCUGUCCCACCCGCCACCCAAACAUAUGCAAUGAACAGCACUACUCAGCCCCCUGCCAUCAUAGACGGGGAUGUCGCAGUCAGCUCCGUGUUGGUACCAUUCUUCCUCAUUACCUUCAUCGGGAUAGCUGCAGCUGUGGUGAUGUAUGUGCGCAGGAAGAGAAGAAUUGACAGGCUCCGGCACCAGUUGCUUCCAGUCUAUACCUAUGACCCCUCAGAAGAAUUACAUGAAGUUGAACAGGAAAUGCUGUGGAAAGAGGAAGAUACUAAGGUGGUGAAGGGUUGGGCACGGUCCUACCAGCAGCAACGUCCCCUGUUGAUGAAAGAUGCCCAUGCAUGAGUGUGUUGGAGCAGGACAUCGAUCUGUGCCAUUCUACAGAUCAGUGGAGUUAACCCUUGAGAUGCCAGAUUUCUCAAUCAUUCAACGCAAAGGGGUUUUAAGAAAGCAUGAUACUUGAGAACAGCCUGUCAUGCCUUCGCAUCAUCAUCUUUGUCAUUACCAUCAUCAUCAUCCAUCCAUCAGUCAUCAACAUCUCUGUUGGAGCAUUUACUUUGUACAGCGUCAACCUCUAAGCUAAGGGGUGGUUGGUUAUUAUGUGAACCUCUGAUGCCCUGCCCGUGUUCCCGAAAGCUGCGCCAUACACUAAACCACGACACGUUGGCUAACUACUGGUGGACAUUAUUUAUUUGAGAUUAUUUAUUUGUUUUUAAAAACUGUGUUUGUGUGUAUGAUGAUGUGGGUGUUACUGAAACAUUUGCCUUAAUGUCUAUUGUUGCUGUUUUAAGUAGUACUAUACCAGUGAGAUUAGCAAAGCCUUGACCUUGGGUGGGAUGCUUCCCAUUGUACUACUAGUUUUAGUGGUGUAAAAUUAGGUUACUAUGUCCCUCACUAUUCAAUGUCAUAAGUUACACAGAUGUGCAGUGAAUCAAUUUGAGUCCUUAAGUUACUUUAUUUUUCCUGUUUGUUGCACUGUGGUAAUGAAUACCAUUAUCAAAGCAACCAAACUAAUUCCUCCUCCUCGUCAUCAUCCAGAUAUGUGAUGAUGAAACGGUGGUGAAAAGAGAAAGCAAGAUUAAUUCCUGUUCUUUCUCUAUUUUGUUUCACUUAAGUUGAGUUUCAAACAUUACAUUCAGAAAGAGGAUGUGCAGAGAGAGAACCCUCUGGCUGUAUCGGGGAUGUCACAUGAUGGCCAAUGAAUGUAGCUAGUCAAUCAGCCUCCCCUACCCUACCCCACCCACUCCUCUCCACUAUUUAGCUGUGACUACUGCCCUAAACAUGUCCUGUUGGGAAGACAGGGCAACAGGAUGAUUGUUCUUCUAGCAGAAGAAUCCAUUUAGAAGAAUGUCAUAGGCCUGACUGUAUGCAGUACUCAGGAAAUCUCAUGUCUUUAAAGGAAUGAGUGAACAGUGAUUCAUCCUUGAAUAAUGUGCUCUAGUCUAAGUUACCCACCUUUCCUCCUUGCAUUUGUGAAUGUCAUAUAUUCAGGAUGCAAGAUGAAGGCUCCCAUUGAAAUCAAUAAUCUUAUCAGCGCAUGUAUAUGUAUGUAGGAAUCCACUCUAAGAAUGUAAACAGGGAAAUAUAUAUCAUGUAUUUCAAUAUAUUUGAAUGUGAAAUUGAGAAUUUUGACUUGAAUAAUGGACCUUUCCCUGAAUGCUAACUGCUACGUGUUACGCUCCACUAUUUAUGAUUCCCAUGCACAUUAAACAUAUAAUAAUGCAUUUGAUUGAAAUGCAGAGUUUGUUCUGAAAAGAAAAUACAGGAUAGACUACUGAUGAAAAUACAAACUUUAAAUGUAAUUUUGAUAUCACUGUUAUCAAGGGUUUGCACACUAUUGUUCAAGACUGUGAUUAUUUUUGUUGCUUUUCAAUUGAAGCGCUGAUUUCACUGUCCAUGAAGUAAACUUGUAUGUAUGUAUGUAUGUUAGUGAGAAUAUGGACUUUUUAUAGAUGGUCUGGAUGUAAAGCAAAAAUAAAAUGGAAAGAGGAGUUAAUAAAUGUGUGUAUUUAUUGAUCCUUUCUGGAUACAAGUUGUUGCAAUAAAAAUAUAGACAUUGUACAUUUAAAGACAGUGUACAUUAAAAAGAAUGAUCCCUUCUCAUUAACUUGAAUGAAUUA